AAAGGAGACUGGAGGAUCUGUCCAGCACUCUCCACUUGCUGCUUGCACAUUUUUUCCUGCAGUUCUCCGGUUUGUUGCAACUUUCAGCCCAAACCCAGUGUCCUCUAAUGACCUCACAUCCUGUUUUCCCACUUCCUUCUGAAUGGACCGGUUUGGGACGGUCCGGUCAGCGCGCAGCGUGGAUCCCUGUUGUAUCGGCGCGUGUCUCCACGCACACGUUGUUAGAUCCUCGGUGUCACAAGGCUGCAGAGGACCAGAGAGCAAACUUAAUGCCACGAUCGUUUGACGAGUUACGCACCUGACUAUGAGCCGUGUGUUGCACUGACAGAGAGGAUAAGGGGCGUCGCUGUUGCACUUCUGACAGAAUGAAGAUGAGAGAGGGGAAGAUUAUAAACCAGGGCCUGGAGGAUGAGAUGGAGGUGUGGGGCUACCAGCCCUGUCUGUGGAAGAUGAUCCUGGUGGGUGUAGGCGCUGUGUGCUCCGGGGGUCUCCUGCUGCUGCUGCUCUACUGGCUGCCUGAGUGGGGCGUCAAGGGCACCUGCACACACACCUCGCUGAGAGACGCACAGACACUGCUGCUCAGGACCACGGAUGAGUUCAAGCAGUGGUUUCGAGCCAAAGUACAUGUGAUGUUGGUUCCAGGGAAGAAACCUUUUGACAGCAUGGAUCUGCAGUCUCAGCUGUUGAAUGGAGACGGAGACCACAGCAUCAGUGCUGUGCACAAGGAGCAUCAUGGGAAAUUUGCCCAUGUACAGCCAGCUCAGAUCCACUACUUCACCCAUCACAGCACUAAAUACUUCUGGAACGAUGUGAUGCAGAACUUUGAAUUUUAUAAAGGCUUGGAGGAUGUGAAGGUGAGCUGUGCAAGCAUCCACUCUGACCACAGCUCUGGACUCUCUAAAACUCUGCAGGAGUACAGGAUGCUGUUUUUUGGGGAGAAUGAGAUCGCUGUGAGGGUGCCCUCUCUAUUCAAGCUCCUCAUAAAGGAAGUCUUGAAUCCUUUCUACAUCUUCCAGCUCUUCAGUGUUAUUCUGUGGAGUGCUGAGGACUACUACUAUUAUGCUACAGCCAUAGUUUUCAUGUCUGUCAUUUCAAUAGCUACCUCACUUUAUACCAUUAAAAAGCAAUAUGUGAUGCUGCAUGACAUGGUGGCUGCACACAGCGUGCUCCGUGUUUCAGUGUGCAGAGGAAAUAAAGAUAUUGAACAGGCCAUGUCAACAGAGCUUGUGCCCGGUGAUGUCAUUAUUAUUCCAGCCAAUGGGAUGAUUAUGCCGUGCGAUGCCGUGCUCAUCCAUGGAACCUGCAUCGUAAACGAGAGCAUGCUGACAGGAGAGAGCGUGCCAGUUACCAAGACCAAUCUGCCCAGUUCAGACGAGGAGGCAGCCAGGAGCUACGACAUGGAGGAACACAAGAGACACACCUUGUUUUGUGGUACCCAGGUUAUCCAGACCCGCUUCUACGCAGGUGAACUGGUGAAGGCUGUUGUGGUCCGAACAGGUUUCAGUACUGAGAAAGGCCAACUCGUGCGGUCCAUCCUCUACCCUAAACCCACAGACUUCAAGCUGUACCGCGAUGCUUACCUGUUCUUGUUGUGUCUGGUGGGGGUGGCAGGGAUCGGCUUCAUCUACACCAUCGUCCUCAGUAUCAUGAACAAGGUUCCUGCUAAAACCAUCAUCAUCGAAUCUUUGGACAUCAUCACCAUCACCGUACCCCCGGCCUUACCGGCAGCCAUGACAGCUGGUAUUGUGUAUGCGCAGCGGCGACUGAAGCGGGUCGGCAUCUUUUGCAUCAGUCCUCAGAGGAUCAACAUGUGUGGUCAACUUAACCUAGUCUGCUUUGACAAGACUGGUACUCUGACUGAGGAUGGUUUGGACAUGUGGGCUAUUCAGAGAGCUGAAGAUGGCAGCUUUUCUCCUCCAGAGUCUGAUGCAGCUAAAGAAAGUCUGGUUAACUCUACAUUUGUGGUUGGCAUGGCAACCUGCCACUCACUGACCAAGAUAGAGGGCGAGCUCUCCGGCGACCCUUUAGACCUGAAGAUGUUCAGCGCUACGGGCUGGAUCCUAGAAGAGCCCACAGAGGAAGAGACUGCACUCCACAAUCCCAUAAUGCCCACAGUUGUGCGACCUCCAAAGCACAACGUCCCUGAAGCCAAUCAGAACAAUCCGCUAACUCAGAACAUGGAGAUGUCUGAAUUAUCAUCCUGUGAGAUUGGUAUUGUGCGUCAGUUCCCGUUCUCCUCGGCCCUGCAGAGGAUGAGUGUUGUGGUCAGGAAGUUGGGGGAAAAACACAUGGACGCUUACUUGAAAGGAGCACCGGAGGUUGUGGCCAGCCUCUGCAAACAGCACACAGUCCCACAGAGUUUCACAGAGACUCUGGAAACCUACACCAGGCAGGGCUUCAGGGUUAUUGCCCUGGCACAUCGACAGCUGGAGUCCAAACUCUCCUGGCACAAAGUCCAGAACCUCAGCAGGGACCUGAUAGAAACAAACAUGGAGUUUCUCGGUUUGAUCAUCAUGCAGAACAAAAUAAAAGAGGAGACUGCCGGAGUUUUACGUGAAUUACGGCAAGCUAACAUUCGUACAUUGAUGGUUACAGGUGACAACAUGUUGACGGCGAUAUCAGUAGCUCGAAAUUGUGGGAUGGUCCGUGCACAUGAGAGAGUCAUUAUAGCAGAUGCUGUGCCUCCUAAGGAUCUCAACCCUGCUAGUAUCACCUGGCAUUACACUGAAAACCCCAGUCAGACCAUCAAGGACAAUCAGACAGUGAAGAUAAACCUGGAGGAGGGAGUGUAUGACAAGCAAGUCACUCUGCAGGAACAAAGCUAUCACUUCGCUGUGAGCGGCAGAGCCUUCGCUGUUAUCACAGAGCACUUCCCUCAACUCGUCCAAAAGCUCGUGCUGAGAGCCACUGUGUUUGCUCGGAUGGCUCCAGACCAGAAAACUCAGCUGGUGGAAGUCAUGCAGAGCAUCGACUACACUGUUGGAAUGUGUGGUGAUGGUGCUAAUGACUGUGGAGCCUUGAAGAGAGCUCACAGUGGGAUCUCUCUGUCUGAGCUGGAGGCUUCUGUUGCUUCACCCUUCACCUCCUCCACCUCAAACAUCUCCUGUGUCCCCAACCUUAUCAGGGAGGGCCGAGCCGCCCUCAUUACAUCAUUCUGCGUGUUCAAGUUCAUGGCUCUCUACAGCAUCAUCCAGUACCUCAGUGUCACGCUGCUCUACUCGAUUCUCAGCAACUUGGGAGACUUCCAGUUCCUCUUCAUUGAUAUUGCCAUCAUUCUCAUCAUUGCCUUCACAAUGAGUCUGAACCCGGCGUGGAAGGAGCUGGUGUGGCGUCGCCCUCCUUCCAGUCUGAUCUCUGGCCCGCUGCUCUGCUCCGUUCUGACCCAGAUCCUCACCUGCCUGGUCUUCCAGGUCCUGGCUUUUCUCUUAGUACGACAGCAGAGCUGGUACGAGAUGUGGACUCCUCAGUCAGAUGCCUGUAAUGUUUCCAGCUCCAGUUUCUCUCACAGUCUGAAUGUAACAACCCCUCACGACCACAAAAACAUCAGGAACUACGAGAACACCACCCUCUUCUACGUCUCCUCCUUCCAGUAUUUGGCCGUGGCCAUCGUUUUCUCCAAGGGAAAGCCCUUCAGACAGCCAAGCUACAAGAACUGGCCGUUCAUGCUGUCCUGCAUUGGUCUGUAUACUUUUCUCCUCCUCAUCAUGCUGUAUCCUGUUCCUGCCAUCGACAACUUCCUGGAGAUCGUGUGUGUUCCCCAUGACUGGCGCGUUACACUGGUCAUCAUUGUCAUAGUGAAUGCGGCUGUGUCUUUCAUGCUGGAGAUUUUGAUCCUUGACAUCAUCUUGUGGAGGCUAGUUUUCAGACGCAGUCAGGGGGUAAAUCGCCCCACAGAGUGCCCCUCUGCUGACACACCUCAGGUGGCCAAUGACUGCUGGGGCUCGUCCUUCCUCUCCUGGUUGUUCUGUCAGAGAAACAAGCCCCCAAAGGUGCGCUACAUGCACCUGGCCCUGGAGCUGCAGGACGAUGCCGACUGGCCCCCCAAACCCUACUCUGUCACCUGCGCCAGGGAACCACAAUCUCACAUCUCUGCCCCCCUCUGACACCAACAAGUAAAACUAUUGCACAGACUAAAUUAAAAGAACCCAACAACCCUUAAUGUUGACUUAGCUUGGGUUAAGCUCAGAGAUGUGACGGAUGCUCAGAUAAUGUUUAUUGGAUGUCGAGCCGGCUGGAUGCCAGCAAACAAUCCAGGAGCCUCAUAAAGGCGAGGCCUCCUACUGCAACAACUGACGGACACUGUGAACUGCUCAUACAUAUCUUUCACUUUGAUUCACCUCGUCAGAACGGACAAACUUGAGCCAGAGGCCUCUGUUAAAGGAAUGGUUAAGCAUUUUGGUAAAGGCCUUAAUUCCAGUCUUAGGACGGUGAAUAUGUAGGUAGUGACAGUUGUCAGCUAACUUAGCUUAGCACAAAGACUCAAAUUAGGGGUAAACAACUAGCCUGUCUCUCUCUUUCCAAAUGUUAUAAUCUUUUGAAGCUCACUAAUUUUUUAAAAAGUUUUUAUCUUAUUUGGUUGAAUCUGUACUUCACUGCUGGCUACCUGGCAACCUCACGGUGAUAAAGUCCAGCCUAGCAGUUUCCCCAAUUCCAGUUUUUAUGCUAAGCUAAGCUAACCAGAUGCUGGCUGUAGCUUCAUAUUUACUGUACAGACGUGAGAGUGGUAUCAAUCUUCUCAUCCAACUCUCACCAAGAAAACAAAUAAGUAUUCUUCCCCAAAAUGUCAAACUAUUCCUUUAACAUGACUUGAUGUUUCACUAACUACACUGGACACGGAGAAUGACCUUUUCCUUGUUUUAAACUGUUGUUAUUAUUCAGAGUCAGAAUUUGAAAGAUCUGAACUAAGUGAGAUGCAUUUUUCUCACACUGAACAAAACAUCAGAAAUAUCACCAGAUUCAGUAUUCAGUCAUGUCUGACACUAAAAGAACUGGAUAAAUCUUUCCACUUCACUAUGAACAAAAACAUACAGUCGUCCACUAACGUUUGCUGCUCCUAAAAUCUAAAAGUUGAAAACUGUAUUAGGUCCUAUGGAUUCAAAGAAACAUGAGAGACGAAUGCCUUUUUGCAAUUUCAUGAACACAACUGGUACUGUUGUAUUUCUGAGACAGAAAACAUUCCACUGCUGCGUUUCUGUCAGAGUCACUUCAGUCGAAAUUCUUCCUGUGGAAGAAGCAGAAAUUUCUGUGUCCCUUUUUAAUUUUUUUUUGCCAGUGCCGCUGUGUGUGUGUGGUUGUGUAAAAGAGAGAGCAAGAGAGUGUGUUAGUUAAUAAGAUGAUCAACAUUAACUAUUUCUGUCUUUAUGCUCUUUUUCUCAAAACAUGACUUUCUUUUUGAAUCAAAUGUUUAAAAGGAAAAAUUACAACAUUUAACAUCACUAAGGUACUGUACACAACUGAUAAUGUUUUAAUGAAUUAAUUAAAGCAAUUCAGUUAAUCAAAACAAAUCAAUGAGACACUUGCUGCUGUGUCAGUUUCAACAGUUGAUUUUAACAUUUAAUUUUUAUAUCAUAUUUUUAUGUAACUUCACAGCUGUUGUAUACAUAUUUUUCUAGUUGAGUUUAAAAAUGAAUAUGAUGAUGAUAAAUGUGAAAUUUAGUCACCUAAAUCCUUAAAUCUUCUUCAAGGGAAUAUGUUUUUGAAAAUUGUAAUACAGUAUUUGUACUUAUUUUCUUAUUUCUAAAAUGUGACAAAAGUGUUUCUGUGUCAGUCAACAAAUAUUCCCCUGUUUGCUCUGCAGAACUCCUAUUACAUUUCCCAAUAAAUCUGUAUAUUAAGCCA